AUGUACCGCCGCCCAGCUCGUGCCGUCGCACGCCUCUCGGCCGUCCGCGCCGCUUCGACUGCCGCUCGCCCCCUCGCUCUCUCCCGCCCUGUCGUCGCUGCUGCACCCGUCGCACGCACCUUCCGCCGCGAGCUCAACACCCAGCGUGGGGGGUACGCCGUCGUCGGCGAUAAUGGGAAUACGAGCAAGGACCCGUAUACAUACCAGGUCGGAUUCGGGAAUCGGUUUGCCAGCGAAGCGUUUCCAGGCGCGCUUCCUCUUGGGCAGAACUCGCCCCAGAAAUGCGCCUACGACCUCUACGCCGAGCAGCUCACAGCAACAUCCUUCGUCGCUCCCAGGCAUCAGAACCAGAACUCGUGGAUGUACCGUAUCCGCCCCGCGGUAGCCCAUCAGGGAUUCACAGAGCUGCCUGACAACCCGGACCUGGAGAGCAACUUCCUCCCGCAAAACCCGCGCGUGCACGUCUCGGCCACCCAGCUCGCUUGGACACCCUUCGAUAUCCCCGGGGGCAACUCGGUCGAUUUUAUCGACGGGCUCAAGACCGUUGCUGGCAACGGUGACCCUACGCUCAAGGAGGGUCUUGCUAUCCAUAUCUAUGCCUGCAACAAGGACAUGGAGAAGCGUGCGUUCUCGAGUAACGAUGGCGACCUCUUGAUCGUCCCUGAGAAGGGGAGGCUCGAUAUCCAGACCGAGUACGGACACAUGAUGGUCCGCCCGGGUGAAGUUUGCAUCAUCCAGCGCGGUCUCAGGUUCAAGGUCAAGCUUCCCGACGGACCUUCUCGCGGCUACAUUCAGGAGGUGUACGGCGUCCACUACGAGCUCCCCGCCCUCGGCCCUCUCGGUGCCAACGGCCUUGCUAACGCACGCGACUUUGAGCACCCUGUCGCAGCGUUCGACAUCGACCAGUCCGAGUGGAACAUCGUCUACAAGCUCUGCGGCAAGCUGUUCAACUGCAGGCAGGAGCACACGCCCUUCGACGUCGUCGCCUGGCACGGGAACUACGUCCCUUGCAAGUACGCACUCGAGAAGUUCAUCAACGUCGGUUCUAUCUCCAAGGACCACUGCGAUCCCUCCAUCUUCUGCGUCCUCACCGCCCCGUCCAAGGUUCCCGGCACGCCUCUCGCCGACUUCCUCAUCUUCUCUCCUCGAUGGGACGUCGCACACGAGACCUACCGCCCGCCCUACUACCACAGGAACGUCGCUUCCGAGUUCAUGGGUCUUAUCUACGGCGAGUACGGCGGUCGCUCCGAUGCUUUCCAGCCCGGUGGUGCUUCCUACGAAUGCGGCUUCACCCCGCACGGUGUGGCGUACGACGAGUUCAAGGCCGCGACCGAGAUGGAGCUCACCCCGCAGUACAUCUCCAAGGGCGCGAUCGCGUUCAUGAUGGAGAGCAGCAUGAUGUUCACCCUGACCGACUAUGCGAUGAAGCGGUCUGGCAAGCUGCAUGAGCAUGAGCCGAAGAUGUGGGAUAACUUGAAGGCCCAGUUCAUGAACCACGUUGACAAGAUCAAUGGGGAGCUCAAGGCGAAGGGGCUGGAGCCGCUCACUGACGUAAACGGCAAGGCCAUUGCUGGUAGCGUGAAGGUAUGA